AUGGGCAAGACGCGCGUGAUCUCCAAGGGUUACCGCCACGGUACUCGCGACAAGUAUUCCAAGAAGUACCGCACGAAGGGCAGACCUGGCAUCGCUCGCUACCUCGUCAACUUCAAGCGCGGAGACUACGUCGACAUCGUGGCUGAUCCCUCCAUCCAGAAAGGAUUGCCCUACUCUCUCUAUCAUGGACGUACUGGCAUCGUCUUCAACGUGAACCGCAAUGCCCUGGGCGUAGAAAUCACCAAGAUUGUUGGCAACCGCCAGCUGCGCAAGCGACUCCACGUGCGCAUCGAGCACGUGCGAAAGUCUCGCUGCAACGAGGCAUUCAAGAAGCGCGUCAAGGAGAAUGACCGCAAGAAGCAGCAGGCCAAGCUCGAGGGCAAGUCCGUCGUCGUGAAGCGCCAACCAGAGGGGCCGAAGCCGAAGAAGAUGGUCGAGGCCAACCCGGAUGAGGUUGAGGUCUUGGCGCCCCUCCCCUUCGUCGAGAAUUACUUCUGA